AUGAAGUGUUUGGCAGGAGGCAGAGUAGACAUAUCGGUGGGUGUAGCGGAGUUGGCUCACGUGGUAUGGCCGGUAUCGUUCAACGGUCGGUGGCUGGACGUAACGGAGCUGGCGCACGAGGAAUUCGCCCAGUAUUGGGACGCCAUAUGCCCGCCGAAUGUUCACGAAAUGGAUGCUUUAAUGGGUGCCUUAAAAAUUCUGCACGAUUUGCCUGACACUCGAGUGUGGCCCGGCCAAGUCGUGGCGGACUCGAAGAACGGUGCGAACAUGAGUCAUCUUGGGCGUUUGCAGCGGGCCGCCGCACUCAAGUUGUACACGAACAGUCGGGCACGGGGAGCCUUGCUGGUUUCGAUCGCGGGUUUCCUGAAGGGCGUGGGGGAUAUUGACGAUCCCGAAGUGGUGUCGUGGCAGAUGCAGAAAACGAUCCGAGACUGGUGGAACGCUCACGGACACAUCGUGGCCUUCGUCAGCCUGGAUCCCACGGGACUACGUUGCGCGCUGCCCACCUUUCCGGCCUUCCCUAACCUGAACGCCUUAGCCACCCAAUUCGACUCCGUGGUCGAAGCCAAACUCGGCCAGAGUGUCGUGAUGGUGCCUGUAACAUCGCUGGCUCCGCCUCGUUUCACUGCCCAGACCGUACCUCGAGAGAUAGUGAUUGAAAUUGAGCGGAUUCGAAAUGAGCGGAUUAAAACACGGGAUUUAAAGUCGAGGAAACAAUUGGAGUGCAGCAGAUCCGAAGCCGAAAUCGACACUGACUCACAGGAGCAGGAAAACAUAUACUCAAAGGAGCUGGAAGAUAUAUACUUAUCGAAGCAGGACGACGGAACUUUUCUUGAAACAUACCGACCGCCAUGUUCAUCACCCUCAACACAGGGCGCAUCACAACCUGAUUCUCCGACCGAUGUUCGGUACCUUGACGGCCUAAUGGGGACUGCACGAAAAUAG